CCGGCGCCUCUAGUGCGCAUGCGCCGGCGAUUUGAUUCCCUCAAAGGGCUGGAACGUCUUCCCAGGCCUAGCGCGCUGUGCGCAAAGAGCCGCGAGGAGCCAGGCCUGCUUGGUAACCUUGGUAACGCGGCAAGAAGAUGGCCUUGGUUCCUUAUAAUGACACAGCUCUCUGGGGAGUGCAAAAGUUACAUCAGUCUUCCUCUGUAUAUUAUUUUGCCAACCAUACCAUCAAAAUCAAGCAGGACUGGAAGCAGCUGGGUGUCGCCGCUGUGGUAUGGGAUGCGGCUGUUGUGUUGUGCACUUUCCUGGAGAUGGGAGGCAUUGAUCUACAAGGGCGCAUGGUAAUUGAGUUAGGAGCUGGAACAGGCUUGCUGGGAAUUGUAGCUGCGCUGCUUGGUGCCCAUGUCACAAUCACAGACAGAAAGGCAGCCUUGGCAUUCCUGGAGUCCAAUGUAAGAGCCAAUUUGCCCACCGACCUUGGGCCAAGAGCAGUGGUCAAAGAACUGACUUGGGGACAAGAUUUAGGGAGCUUCUCACCAGGAAGUUAUGAUGUCAUUUUGGGUGCGGACAUAGUUUAUCUGGAAGAAACGUUUGAAGCUCUUCUCCAUACACUGGACCAUCUCUGCUCCGACAGGACUGUGAUCCUGCUAUCAUGCCGCCUCCGUUAUGAACGGGACCAGAACUUCUUGAAGAUGUUGAGAGGACUUUUUUCAGUACAUGAAGUGUUCUAUGACAGUAAUAACGAUGUGCAUAUAUUUAAAGCACAGAGGAAUAUCCAGAAGGGAGAUCUGUGAUGUGUUCAGUUGUGAACUCUUUGGCAGCUUAUGCCUGUCAAACUUGGAAAUGUGACUAGAACGCCUAAAAUCCUCCAGACACCAUGGCCAAUGUUGCCUAGGGAGCCUAGUCUGGGAGUUGUAGUAAAAAAAGUAAAAUUU